UUAUUUGGGUGUAGUCGCUCCAAACAUUGCGGUCACUGACUCACCUCACCUUCCGUCACUCACUCAAUGUUUAAUUUUAUUUUUGUUUCGUAACAUUAUUUAAUGUUUUUUAUUAUUAAUUUAAGAAUAAAGUGUUUCUUACAAAAUGAUAUGUGUGUUGUGAGGUGAACAGUGAUUUGUUACAGCUAGUUCCGCUGUGUUAGUUUAUUUGUAUCUAUUCCGUGGUAAAAAUCACUAUGGCUGAAAAAAAAAUACAAGAAAACCCUCUUUCCGAGGAGCAGCAAUCUCCAGAAACAGCAGAUGGACCAAAAGAAGCACCAAAGCCAGUGGACAAACCUUCAACACCUGCUCCGGUCCCAAUCACAGAACCAUCUCCUCGGAUCACCAUACCUUCCUUUACAAAGACUCAGCCUAACGAUUUGUACAGAAGACUCUUGCCUGCUGUCCUGUUUCUUCUUACAUUCGUCACAGUGAUGACUAUGCUCUUGAUUUAUAUGGACACUGUUGCGCUAGGCGCUCAACAAUUCCGCUUGAACAUGUCGCGGGACUACGAGUUGUCGCGCAUCUCUCAAGAGUCAGCUGCGCUGGUGGCGUACGUGAGGCAGCUGCACCUGCAGCCGCGCGCGCCCCGCCACCCGCCGCCCACGCCGCCGCCCACGCCCCGGGCCGAGCUGCUACUCAAACUUACAAAUGACUUGCACAACGGGACGUUUGUGGAGUUCCUGUCGCGCGGGCCCCGCACCCCCACCACUCUGUACCUGGAGGGGGCGCGCGGGUGGGAGGGGCCCGCGGUCAGGGCUGCCGCGCGCGACUACCUCGCGUUACGCGGCCGAGCGAGAGCGCUGCACGCCUGCCUCAGCCCUGGACCGCACCCUAGAGAGGUGACGUACCAGGAGUCUGAAGGCCGCGAAACGUUCAAAUCACGCGUGCUAUGUCUCCCCCUAUACACCGUGUUACUAGCAGCCGACGCGGCGCGCGCUCAUUACGUGAUACUAGACGGGCCUCAUGCGUUGCCCGCCUUAAAACACGUGCCUUUCGACGGACACUCAGUACACUUGCAGAUCAUUGAGGUCCGUUCGACUGACCCUGUGGCUAGGAAUCAAACCACUGAAUUCCUAGCGACCAAAAACUACACAGUGGUCGCAACAUACGACGAUGGCGUCAUGUACGCACUCAACGACACCACUACAAACUUCGACAACGACACGCUGAUACGUGUCGCUAACGACAUGACGACACGUCUCAAUAAUGACAUGACGACAAGUGUCACUAACGACGUAACUACACGUGUCAUUAAAGACGCGAAGACUCGUGUCAACUACGACAACACAGAACCAGACCGUGUGCAUGUAUGAUUUUGAUGACUACAAAAUUAAAUGUUUCAUUGUUUAAUAAUAAUAUUUGGCAGCAAUUUAUGAAAUUAUUAAUCGGCUCAAUUGAAACUUUAUGUGACAUAUUUGCUCUUUUCAAGUUUGCAAAUUUUCUAUUAACACUUGGCACUCAUAGACGUACUUUGUAAUUGUAGUAACAUCAGUUAACAAUAAUGUUGUGUAAUUAAUUAUAUUUAUAUUACGAAUAAAUCCAUGACGUAGCUAGGGAUUUUACCUAGGGGGGGGGGGGAGCCGUAUAGUUUACAUUCAUACUGAAAUUCAAUAAUUUUCCAACAUUGGAAUUUUAUAAUAUAAUCGCUCUCCAAUAGCUACGCCCAUGGUUAAAUCGAGUUCAAUAAUAUGUGGAUGUUGAUAAGUGCAAUGUUGUCCCAAUGAAACAUUUUCCUAACUUAUACGAUAUGACACAAUAAUUACCCCUUCGGGCGUCUACGAAACCGUAGUGUAAUAAGAAGAAUAAUUCCUUUACUGAAACUAGUUACGUAUAAGGAAUAAUAAUUCCAUUAUCGAAACCAGUUACGAAAGUACGGUUUCGUAGGCGGCAGAAGGGAUAAUUACUGGAGUAAAAUAAAAAAUGCUCACAUAUUAUCAUCUCGACUGUAUCUUUUAUAUGACUUUCUUACUCAUUUAUUAGGUUUAAAAUAUUUAGUAUAUGAAUGACUUACUCGCCAUAACAUUAAUUUCUUGCAACCUGAAUGAAAUAAGUUUAUAAUUUUAAUAGAUUGUCAUCAAAAAUUUUAAUUGUAGCCUCGUAUCUCAUGUAUGUAGAUUGUGAUAAGAUAAAUGAACUGCAUUGCCCUUCUAUGUAUAAUUCUAUUAUCGAUGUUCAUUGAUUUAUGAACAAGAAAAAAUAACACACUAGUGAUUUUCGGUUAAUGUAACACAUUAUGUUUUCGAAUAAAAUUUAAACAAAUAAUUAAUGUAGAAAUAAUAAUGAAACAUUCAACUGCUUCGAAUAUAAUACAAUGCUCAAUGAAUUAAAAUGAGCAAUACGUAAUGGUUUGCUCAAAUUGAAAUAAAUUGGACACAUUUCUUUAAAGAAUAAAAUUUAUAUUUUCGUCACAUUAUAUUGUGAUUGUAUAACGUAUAUAAUAUAUCUCGAAUAUUUAUUUGAAUCUAUUCCAUGGCUGAUUUUACAUAAUACUUCUGUUCUGUCAUUAGUUAAUUUUGCAGAAAGUAUUUAAAUACUUUGAAAUGAUAAACAAUUUUGAAAUAAUUACGAAUAUCGUAUUUUAUGUAUUAAAUAAUAAUUAUUGUGAUUCUAUCUCUGUAAAGAAUCUCCGUUUUAUUUCCCCGAUUUGCAUUAAUAACUUUUAUUAUAAUAAUAAUAUUUUUUUAUUAAUUUUAAGUUUAUAAUAAUUAAUUUUGAAUCGUGAUUUAAUUUAAGAAUAAUUUUAAUUAUAUUAUGUAAUAGUUAAUUUUGAUUUUAAUUAGAUAGGUAUAAUACACGUAUAAUAAAUAUCAUGGAUUAAUUUUGGAUACAAAUUGUAUAAAUUUUUCGUCAUGGUAACUUCACAAAAUGUGCCUUACAAGGUUAUGGCCCCCUGUUUUAUAACAAAAUAAUAAUUUAUUUUACAUAUGACACUCCAUUUUAAAUAUAUUCGAUUAAUAUAAUGUUCACUAAACAUUAGUUACAUUGCACAAUGUUAUCUGCACUUUAUUCCUGAAAAUAGGUACCUUUUUGAUAGCUGAGUAGGUAGCUUUUUGGUUUAACUUGAAGAUGUCAAACAAACAUUACAAAAAGCUCUUUAGUUUAAGGGCAGAACAAUAUUUUAUUAACAACGAAUAUAUGCGUUUUGAUACACCUCUUGUUCAAUCAAUUUUACCAACAACGGAAUAAAGAAUGCGUUUGCGUUUAAUGUGAAGAGUUGUUUCUGCGCGUGCACCUUAAUGUUGCCAUUUAUAACGUUUUAAAUCAAAUAAAUUUAUUCCUUAAUGACCCAUCAAAGUUUGUUUCGUGAUAUCUUCAAGUAUAUGACGCAGGGCCGGAUAUAAGGAGGCAAGCGGGGUCCCCUCUCAACAGAGAUAACAGAUAACUAAAUUUUGACGGGUCACCAAGGUGCAAAAUGUAAGUGGCCUUGGCUGCUACAUUUUAAAAUAAGGGAUUGCACUAAUUUUUUGCCCCGGGCCCUGCACACCUCUUAAUCCGGCCCUGAAUGACGACAGAAGUUGUGGGACAAUACAUAGCGUCUUCGUCUUGAGAAGUUUGUUUGUACUGGUAAGUUAGCAGGUGACUGGCGGAAGCGCACAAAUUAGCACUAAGACACUCUUUGGUAUGAACCAUAGACAGAGUAUGGACUGUGCGUUCCCUAACCAAAUGUCAAAUAAAACUGGGAGAUAAGUGUGAGAGAGAGACGAAACGAUUAGUUGGUCCACAGUUCGUCUGUUCAUUAGUUAUUUUUUAAAUCUUUCUAAUGAGUUGUAUACUUGUAAGUGUCGCUCAAUCCAUUCUCUUGUCUAUGGUAUAUGAACGAAUGAUUCACAGAGAAUCGAUGUUAUUAAAGUCUUGAAGAGUUUAUCACUUGAUCUGACUAUAACACUAAUCAAAUUUACACAAAUCCACUAUACGAAAUUAUUUCACAGUAUUAGUCCACCCCAGAAAACAUAUGAGGUAAAAUGUUAUGUUAAAAUAACACUACCGUUGAAUAAAUAUACUGUCUGUGACUGUUUGUUAACGCGUUAGCAAAUAGAAAACUGACUUUAAAGUUUGUUACAGACUGGCUGCAGUUUCGUGCCCAUUGCAUCAUAUUUUUUGAACUGUUUUUCUUUUUAAAUUUUUACAUUUUCCCGACUUUCGGAUCCUUUAAAGGUUCUGUGUACUCGUGUACAUAAAGUAUAACAUUGUCGUGGAUGUUAUACUUUAAUUUACCUAUUCCUUCAAUUUUAAAUUUGUUGAUUUUAAGAAUGAACACCUGUCGCUAGUAGCGAAUAAAGUCUACUACAAACUCCGUAACAAUGACCAAACGUAACGUCAAUGUGUGCGUGACAGAAAUGUGAGCGCUUUGGUGGUGUAAUUUUUUAUUUUGUAGUUAUAAUGCAGCCAGUCAGUAAUAAGCCGAUUAAUCGAAUAUUAUUGAGUAAUAAAAAAGUUCUUUCGUCGAAAUACAAAAGUUUGAAAAUGAAAUAUACUCUGUUUUUGCUCUCUGAGACGGUAAAGCAUUUAUAAUAAUUGUUAGAUAAAAACACUUUCAAUAAUAAAUUAUUGUAAGAUCACUCUUAUGAGCGUAAUCAUAUAUGGUUUCGUUUUAUUAUUGGUGUCGUACUGCCAUUCUUUGUUAGUUUCUUGUCUAUUUCUGCCAAACUUUGUGAUUUUAAUGAAAAUUACAACUUAAGGCCAUAUAAAUAAAUGCUAUUUAUCUUAACAGCGAAAUUCCAAAUUUGUACCAAAUUUUUAUGGUUUUUAUACGUCUGUAUUUGGUAGAGUUGUUAAAAGGGUAAGGUAACACGGCGUUUAAUUAUUGUGAGUGAGAGUUAAAUAACAGCUCCGCCAUUUUCAAUCCCAUUUUUAAAUUGAUACUCUAUAUAUAUAUACUCCUUGUUUUGAAUGUAAGAAAAUUCACAUACCAAGUUGUGGAUCAACGGUGGUCAUCAAAUCUAUCACGGUUGGCGCGGUUAAUAGAAAUAAUAUCUAAAUUUGUUGAAAUCAAAUUGUUUAUGAUGGGGAGGGGGGGGGGGGGGGGCAACAGAUGAAAUAACACUAUAAA